UGAGCGUUUGCAGUACAGUUCCAGACAUUUGCGGCCGGAAACCAAGCCUCUCCUCCUGUUUAUAUCUGCUUGUGCCGGUCUCAUCCGCACAGCAACAUGUCGGUUCCCCGAUUCCUCCCCGCGCUGAUCGGUCGUAUUCGAUCCAGCAGAAAUUGCCUUAUACAACGGACUACAGUCGUGCGCUCUGAGAAAGUCAUUUGCUCCAGAACGCAGUUGCCAUAUAUGAAUGAUUGUACUGCAUGGCGAAGUUUCAAUUCGACCCGCCCUUUGAAGUUAGAUACUUCAGGAAAGGAGACCUCCCAACCCCGAAACGCUGCGGCUUCCGGUCCUACGCCACCUGAACGCUCUUCAACAGCUCUUCCUCCGAAAGACUCCAUGCACCGGCGAAGCCUUGGGGAGUCUGUUUCUUUUUCCAGGGUGGAUGUUGGAGCACAACCGAUUCCCUCAACAAAUAUUCCUGGGACAAAGAAAACUCUAAAACUUAAAGCUCUGAUAUUUGAUGCAAACGGCGACCUGCAAAGACCACUAGAGGGAGAGUUCUCAAAGAUUGGGAUAUGUUCAAGGCAUUCCUUGCAACCUCGUGAUUUGAGAAAGAUGGAUAACACGUACUCAGAACAACUUCCCACGAUCCUAGUUCGGGAAAAAGCAAUUCUGGUAAACUUGCUGCAUUUUAAGGCGCUUAUCAAAGCUGAUAUGACAAUCAUGGCGGAUAGCCUGGGAUCUAACAGCUAUUCGUCGGAUUUCUUACAAGAGCUAUGUACAAACUUGAAAAUACAGGAGGGCUCAUACGAAUUUCGUGCAUUAGAAACCAUUCUCCUCAACGUCAUAGCCGCCCUUCAAGCUGAGCAGCUGGAACUUUUUUCUCGUGUCACCCAAACGUUAGAGAGGCUCGAUGAGCGCGUCGACGAAGAGGAGCUGAAAGCGUUGUUGUUGAGCAGACGAGGCGUUGAUCAGUUUGCUAUAAAAGUGAACGCGAUUCGUGGAGUAUUUAUCGACAUUCUAAACAACGAUGAAGACCUUGCAGGCAUGUAUUUGACUGCCAAAGCUGCAGGUCAACCAAAGAAAGUUUCGGAUCAUAUAGAAGCGGAGCUACUCUUCGAACAUUAUCUCAAUUUAACCGAUGAGAUUUCCAAUGCUACACAUCAACUCUCAACCAAUAUUUCAGCAACGCAAGCCAUUACCAACAUCGUUCUGGACUCACGACGGAACCAACUUAUCAACUAUGAAUUGAAAGCCACACUCGCUACUGUGGCCAUAUCCACAGGGGCGCUGGUGGCUAGUAUUUUUGGAAUGAACCUAACGACCAAUUUGGAACAAACUCAGGGCGUGUUCUGGGCGGUUACCACAAGUGCUAUUAUAAUUGCUGUUAGCUUUUAUGUGAUUGCGGCGACACGAUUGAGGAGGUUGAUAGCCGCUGGGGGCUUUAAGAAACGCAAUUCGCUUUGAUCAUUAGUAUUCCUUUGAUCCUUGCCCGUAUUUUAGUUAGUUCUUCUUGUAUUAGACAAAAGUUAUCGUGAGGAACUGUGAACUACCAACGUCUCUUAGUUAACGGAG